AUGCCUGCUCCCCCAUCGGACCGUGGCUCCGAUGACCCGGAUCCGACAUUCCUGGACGUAGCCUCGGCCGCAGGAUCCGCCCUCUUCCCGCGCCUCCACUCCUCCACCGCCGUCAACCUCGCGUCCUCCUCCUCCGACCUCCUGAUUCUCACGUUGACGCACCGCGGUUGCACCCUCGACGCCGCCCCCGACGGCCUCCUCCUCUCCCUCCUCGCCGCCAGCCGCGACAGGCUCCCGCCCGGCCCCGAGCCCGGCCACGGCGCCGCGUCCCACGCCAGCGUCGUCCUGUGCCGCGGCAUCGGAGUCCCGGCGCGCGACGCCCGCGUGCUGCUCUCCCUGCGCGCCCGCGGGGACGCGCACGCCGCGCCGCCGCGCACCUGGGCGCACGCGCUCCGAGCCAUCGCCGCCGCGCCGGGGGGCGCCGCCUCGCUCGCACGCGUCGUGCUCUUGCGCAUACGCAAUCAGCCGCUGGUGUCGCUGCCUGCGAACACGCAGCACCUCGAACUGCCCAACCUCGAGCGCAUCGACGUCGAGCGCGACCUCCCGCGCGGCGUCGGCAUCCCCGGGCUCGACCUGUCGUGGAUCGCGGCCCCGCGACUGCGGAGCGUGCACGCGAAGGGGUCGCUGCUGCGAAGCCUGCCGCGCGGAGGGGCGAUGCGGGACCUGGUCGAGGUCGACGUGUCGGACUGCAUCAGUCUCUCGCCCGACGAGUGGAUCGGCGCGGACGCGGCGCCGGCGCUGCAGCGCUUGGAUGUGUCGGGCAGCGCGGUGCAGGUGCUGCCGCGCGGGCUGACGUCGCUGCGCCGGCUGAACUGCGCGAAGUCGCGGUACGUGGGCAGGGACCCCGCGUGGCUGCCGGAGGACGCCGCCGCGCGCGUCGAGGAGCUGCGCGCGCAGCACACUGGCCUGACGACAGUCCCCCCGGGGACCGCGAACCUCGCGGUGCUCGACGUGAGCGGCUGCUUCAAGCUCGGGCCCGGCGGGGCGCCGUGGCUGCCGGACGGCGGGCGCCUGCGGGUGCUCAAAGCAGCGGGCAGUGGGGUCGUCAAGGUACCAGACGGACUGACUCAACUGACCGAGCUUGACGUCAGCCGGUGCCAGAACCUCCUGCGCGACCCGCCGGACGGGUGGCUGCCGAGGAGCUCGGCGCGGAAACUCCGCAGGCUCGACGCGGGGGGGUCCUGCCUGGUGAGACUCCCGGGGGACAUGGAGCACCUGACGCACGUGUCGGUCGUGGACUGCCCGCACCUCGACGGCCUGUCCUGGCUGCCGGAGUCUUCCGCGGAGGCGGUGGAAACGUGCCACGCCGCUGGCAGCGCGCUGGCGAAGCUCCCGGAAGCCAUGCGUGUGCUGCGGGAGCUGGACGUGUCGCGGUGCCGCAGCCUGGCCGAGCACUUCCUUCCCAGCUCCUCCGCCGCGAGCGUGCAGACCCUCAUCGCCACGGGAAGCGCGCUCGUGCGGCUGCCGCCGGGCAUGGCCAGCCUGAGCCUCCUCGUCGUCGCCUUCUGUCCGGCGCUGGCCGCACAGCGCUUCUUGCCCCCCUCCAGCGCGGCGGCACUCGAGACUCUCAACGCGUCGGCGUCCGGGCUGACGCAGCUCCCGCCGGACAUGCACGUCCUCCGCGAAGUCGACGUGAGCGGAUGCAAGUCCCUGGCGCCGACGUGGCUCCCUGCGACCUCCGCCGCCAACGUCGUUAGCGCGCUCCAGCGGCUGCCGCCGGGCAUGCGCCACCUCCGGGACGUCUUCGCGCGGGACUGCGACGACCUGCAGAACGAUUGGCUCCCCGAGGACAGCGCGCGCGAGCUCCGGCGGGUAACCACGCAGGGCAGUUUGCGGCGGAUCCAGGUGCCCGAGACAGCGGCGGGGACCGAUCGAAGCGCGACAGAAUAG